AUGGAGCUUAGCUUCCUGCAGAAUGGUUUUUCUAAUUGGAAGAACGCCCUUGAGAAGUUUCGGUGCCACGAAAAAAGCACUUACCAUGUCGAUGCUGUACAGCACCAGCUGAGUAAAGCCAAAGGGGCACGUGUUGUUGAGCUCCUCACAAGCAAUUGCGCUAAGCAGCAACGUGAGUCUAGGGAAGCUCUUCGCGUUAUCGUGAGUUCCAUUCGCUACCUCUGCCGCACCGGUCAGGCCCUUCUAGGACACACUCAGCAGUUCGGCAACCUGGUGGACUUAUUACAGGAGCGCUGUGAAGACGUACCUGCUCUUAAGACAUGGCUAAGCCGAAGGGACAAGUGGCUGAGCAGUGACAUUCAGAAUGAAAUCAUCAAGAUCAUGGCUCACGCACUACAGCGCGAAAUCUUGGAAGACAUUAAAGUGACUCCAUUUUUUGGAAUAAUCGCUGAUGGGACCACGGACGUGGCGGGGGACGAACAGUUUACACUUUGCUUGCGUUGGGUGGAAGAUGCCUCACUGGAAGUUCAUGAAGAGUUUAUCGGAGUUUACAGCCCCCCAGACUCUAAGGCCAACACGCUGUUCUUAGCUGUAAAGGACAUGCUUGUGCGUCUAGGGCUCGAUUUUAGUCGUUUGCGUGGUCACUGCUUCGACGGUGCAGCCAACAUGUCUGGGCGCUUCUCUGGAGUUCAAAAGAGGAUCGUCGACGUUCAGCCGAAAUCAAUUUACGUGCACUGCGCCAGUCAUUCGUUAGAUUUGGCUCUCCAGGAAGUCGGCCGUAGCAGCGUAAUAGUUGCAGAUGCGCUAUGCGCCGUGAAAGACGUUUCCAACGCAAUCCUUACUUCUGCGAAACGGAAGGCCACGUACAGCGGCAUCGUUCUUCCUCCAUGCGUCGAUGAUGCACGCGCAAUACCUGCAAAGGCAAGCAGUCUUCUACCACUGUGUCCAACGAGGUGGGCAGUGAGAGUGAAUUCAGUUAAACGAUUCACCGAGAACUAUGAAAGGGUUCAGGCUACGAUGCAGGAGCUGUUACAAACUCCAGGAUCACUUAGAGAUGAUCGGAGAGGGAUUAUGAGAGGGUACGAAAAGCAGCUGCAGAAGUUUCAUACUCUAUUCGGAUUAAACAUGUCCAAAGAACUGUUUGGCCCAUGCGAGCAACUUGCCAGGGCUCUUCAGAGUCCCAAAUACAGUGCGACCGGAACCAAACAGGCAGCUAAAGCACUGUGUCAGACCAUGGCGAACCUGAGAACAGAGGACGGCUUUGAUCGAGUUUUUGAAGAAACACAAAAUGCCGCCAUGAGGUUGGGCCUUGAUCAGAGUGAAACCGCGGUCGCCAGACGCGUAAAACCGCCCACGCGAUUUGAGCAUUCAAUUAAGCCUGCUCCUCCAGUGGUAUUGGAUGCAAAGACAAAGCUCCGAAAAGAGUUCUUUGCGGCAGUUGACUGCGUGACAUCCGAAAUAAAAAAUCGGUUUGACCAACCAGGCAUGGACUAUCUAGCAAAGCUUGAAUGCGCGAUCGUCAACAGUACACGUGGACAGCGAUUAACCGAGGAGGCACUGAAAGAAGCUCUCGGAGUCCACAGCACAGAUUUUGAUCUAGACAGGCUUGCGGCACAGCUUCUACUCCUUCCAACAGUUAUUUCUGGGGCAGGUGUGAACACUGUUGAAGAUGUGGCUGAACAACUGAGGUCCGAGUCUCAAACAGUUCGGAAUCUUUUGGACCAGGUUGUGAAACUUCUGCAGCUUUUGUUGACUGUACCCGCAUCAGCGGCAUCAGGAGAGCGCUCUUUUAGUGCGCUCCGGCGAGUGAAGACAUAUCUUCGCAGUCGCAUGACGCAGGCCCGUCUCACUCAUCUUCUCCUCCUGCACACCCACCGGGAAAGAACAGGAAAGUUAUCUCUGGAUAAAGUCAUGAACGAAUUUAUAACGAAAACGGCCGAACGCUCAGCAACGUUUGGUUCAUGCUAGCUGUGUUUUUUUUUUUCGCAACCCAGUUAUAUGGUCGAGUACUGAGUGUCCUGUGUUUGUAAUCGACGCACCGGCGCAUUUGAUUAUCAGUCCAAUAUAGACGUAUUUUUGUUUCCUUCCUUAUUCCGCAUAUUUCUAGCUGUUGCCAUUUCCGUAAUGCACUAUGUCAUCGUACAGAAUAAUGUGUAACACCUAUUUGUGAGUCCAUGAUACAUUACCUUUUGUUCGAACUUAUACCAUUUGUGCUUAUCUGCAUCAUUAAAUCUGCAUUCGUCUACAUUGUAUAACUUCAGUUGACAUACUAUCGGCAAUUAAUUUUUUCUUGCGUGCGGAAGUGCUGAGCUAAAUGCAUGAAGGGGGACGCUUGCCUUAUGGAAAUUUUUUAAUGAAGUGCAUCUUUCCGUUGUUCAUAUAAUGUGUGUCACAUGAUUAAACAGAUCAUGUUUGUUAUUGUGACGGCUCACUUUAGUAAAUAAACAUUGUUAGUGUAAAUCGUUCUAAUUUAUGUGUGACUGUUUUUGUUUGAAGACGGGAAAUGACGUCUUUAUU